CGUCAUCACGCCUGACACUGAUUUUGCGUGUUGCGUCGUGAGCUGCUUGUGUGUCGCAGAGGAGGUUCCCUGUGUCAGUUUAUGUAUGUAGCCGUAAAUAGUCAUUUGUGCACAUCACCGGCUAACUCGCAGAUUUCUGUUCUGCCAAACUACAGAUAAUUCCACAAGACCCAUCUUCUGCUUUGAUGAAUUCAGAUAUGGAUGCUCUGGAGGUAGAAAAUCAGAUUGAACUAGAAGAAAAAACACGGCUGAUUAACCAGGUUUUGGAACUUCAGCACACACUUGAAGAUCUUUCUGCACGAGUUGAUGCAGUUAAGGAAGAAAACCUGAAACUGAAGUCUGAAAAUCAAGUUCUUGGACAGUACAUUGAGAAUCUCAUGUCUGCUUCAAGUGUUUUCCAAACAACAGACACAAAGAGCAAACGGAAGUAGUGCUCAGCUCCAUUCCUUUAUAUUAUGUGGUUAUGUUUUCCUUUGUAUUUGCAUUGCAUAUACUAUGUAACACCAGGUGUGCAUUCAGUAAGCUAGUACUAGUAGUGGCGAUGUUGGAGUAAAUGUGCUAUGUGCACAAUGUUAGCAAACCGAUACAUACGUAAAUGAAAGUUAUUACAAUGGCACAGGACAGUUUGCUGCUAUGGCAUUUACAUAUGCUUCCUCAUUAAUAUUUUAUGGUUAACAUAAGCUUGCAUGGGGUACGUAUCAGAUAUUAGUGUAAAACAAACCAAAAUGGAUAUAUUUAGAAGAAUGCAUUACAUUUUAAGAUAGAUGAUUUCCAUUUUCCCUUCUAAUAUAUAACUUCAGUAGCAUAAUAAGUUUAUCGUGCAACAGGGGCAAACACUAGAGUUUAGAAAUCUAUUUAGUGUACUGUGUUGCAUAUUUGAUUUUGUGUAAAGGGAAUUUAUAAACAAAAGCCUGCUGCUCCUGAAAAUGGCCACAUACUAUCAUAUAAGAUUAAAGGGACACUGAACCCACAUUUUUUUCUUGUGAUUCAGAUAGAGCAUGCAAUUUUAAACAACUUUCUAAUUUACUCCUAUUAUCAAAUUUUCUUCAUUCUCUUGCUGUCUUUAUUUGAAAAAGAAAGCAUCUAAGCUAAGGAGCCAGCCAAUUUUUGGUUCAGACUCUGGACAGCACUUGUUUAUUGGUGGGUGAAUUUAUCCACCAAUCAGCAAGAACAACCCAGGUUGUUCACCAAAAGUGGGCCGGCAUCUAAACUUACAUUUUUGCUUUUCAAAUAACGAUACCAAGAGAAUGACUAAAAUUUGAUAACAGGAGUAAAUUAGAGCAUGCAAUUUUAAGCAACUUUCUAUCUGAAUCGCAAAAAAAAAAAUUGAGUUCAGUGUCCCUUUAAUGUAUCUUUUAUAGAUAGCUACCAAGUGUUUUUUUUUCUCCUAGUUCUCAAAGAGGGCUUCUUGCAACAUAUAUACAAAUACAUUUCAUCCUUGCAUUAAAACGUUACUUUUUUUUUUUUUUUUUUGCUUAAUCUGUGCAAGGGAGACUGUCUUUAAGUUACAAUAUUAAAAAUUAUAUUCUAAUUUUUAAAAAAAUGUAUUGAAAAGAAAAUGGAAUUUAUUUGUGCAAUUUUAUGCACUGGCCCUAUAAACCCUGCAAUAGUGGCUUAAUGUUUCUUUAAGAAAUAACCAUCAAUCAUUCUGCUCACUAGAAAAUAGCACGUUCAUGCAAUGAUGCCAGUUUGGACUAAUAAUAUAUUUCAUAUUUAAUUUUCUCUUUAUGAAUAUUUACAAUAUGUGGCUUUUGAAUGGUGUAUGAUUUAUUUAAACAUAAGUGAGUUUCCAGCCGUCUAUGAAACCUGCAGUGCUGUUUUUUUUUAAAAAAUUUUUUUUGUUUUGUCUAAUAAAUAAAAAAAAUAUAUAUAUAUAUAUAUAUAUAUAUAUAUUAGUAUCCAGAUAUUUUGCACUACUCAGUUAUGAUUUUUCUGCUAAGUUACUGUCUACUAAUGCUACUGUGCUAUGAACUAAAUGGAUAAAGAUUUCCUGGUAACCUCAAAACAGUAUUUGUCUGAAGAUAGCAUUGAUGUAUUUAUUUUACAAGAUAUGUACUGUAUAAACUUUGUGCUGUGUAAAUGUUAACUAGAUGCUGAGUUCCUAGGAAAUCAUGACUGGUUAAGUGUACAUCUAGCACACCACAAAUUGCACCUUUUUUAAUAUAAAGAAAUUGUUAAAAGCCGUGUAUGUUAAUUCUAUUUUUAUUUCUUCACAGUUUUCAAUAUUUGUUGAUGUGGUUUUAUACUUGUCAGCCCUUGCCAACUUUAGCCAAUGCCGCCUUUUACAAAGGAAGAGAACAACCUCUACUGUGCCAAUCAUGGCUCUAGAUAAAAUUGUGCAAAAAGGCGUAGUCUUAAUGAGUCUAGUGAAAAAAAUAUAUACAGUGACUCAUUAAAGUAACACUAUUAUUAGCAAGCUAAUAAACAACCUGUCUGCACCCUUAAUCUUUCUAAUUUAUUAAAGAUAAAGCUUUUGAUUUUAAAAUAAAGGCAUUUUUUUAUUUUUUGCUUGA